AUGGAAUAAAAAGGGCGCGGCAGGGGCGGGGACGGACGUCCGGCAGCGCGCCAGGCUCGGGCCAGCCCUGUUGUUGUCCACCCCCUUUUUCUCCCGGCUGAUGGGCCAGGCCGGGAGGGGGCGGGGCCGACAGGUGCCUUCAUGAAUAACUUAAAUGACCCUCCCAACUGGAACAUCCUGCCCAAUCGGCGCGAUCCCGGCGGUGACGGCAGCCGCUGGAAUUACGCCCUGCUGGUGCCCAUGCUGGGCCUGGCCGCCUUCCGGUGGAUCUGGACCAGAGAAUGUCAGAAAGAAAUAGAAAAAGAGAAAGAAGAGUACUACAGGAAAGAGUCAGCUUUACAAAAAGACCUGGAAGGCAAAUACCGGGAUAUAAUCACAGAGAACCGCCGCGCUGUGGCUCACCUGGAGGUGGAGCUGGAGAAGGAACGCAACAGGACCCUGAGCUACCGGGAAGCGCUCGUGUCCCAGAGCCGCAAACUGGUGGAAGAGAGGAGACUCCUAGAGCAGGAGCAGGAGAAGUUGGAGAGAGAAAAACAAGUCUUUUUGCACUCUGGAGCAGAAGGUUCCUUUUACCAGAGUUGCCUGGCAAAGGAGGAAGAGUGGCAGCAGAGAGCCAAUAUUUUACUAAAAGAAUUUGAAGAGGGACUGAAGGAAAGACAGGACAUCUACUGUAGUCUUGUAGUACCCAGAAGUCAGAGACUAGAAAUAGAGAAAAAUCUGCUAGUUAAAGCAGCAACUAAUCCUGUUGCAGUGGCUUUGCAUAUGGAGAGUGGCUUACAAGAUAUUUUCAAACAUGAUAACUACUGUGGCAAUGUGCUGAACAGAACCAGAAGUCAAAAUGGAAAGCUGAUGUGGCUGUAUCUGAGAUACUGGGAACUAGCUGUUGAGCUGCAGAAAUACAAGAGGGUAGAAAAGGCCAUGCUAGGAAAACGCUAAGUAGGGGAAGCAGAGGGAUUCCAUGUGGUCCCCAUGCAUGGUAGGGACAAUCACAGUUGUAGUCUGAAGCUGUUAAACUCUUCUGCUGUGUUGCCAUCUCUCCUCCUUGCACUUGUGUUUGCAUGGGACGUGUG